GUUUUCCAAAAAAUCGUCCUAUAGACUGCGCUUUACAAACUGGUAGUUGUACAAACUGGUAUAAAGAAAAAUAUUGAUUACGUUUGAUCAGUAAAUAAACUUGAUUAAAGCAUCAGCAACAGAUCUUUUUUUUAACUUAUUAUAAACCAGUGCUUCACCACGAUCCCAUCUGGUGGUAAGUGGUGAUGUAGCCCUAGAUGGUAAAUCGCACUGUCUUAGCGUAACAAAAGCCUUUUCACUCUUGCCUUGAAGGCACCUAGAUUGUAUUCGGACGGAAAGAUAAACGCUGGCAAAUUAUUCCACUGCUUUGCAUUACAAAAGACGAAGCAAAUAAUAAUGCGUAGAAUAUCGGCAACUAUGGGGUGAAGACCCGCCGACCGCCUGGUUGUCCAAUGACGGAAAGGAGAGGAAGGAAUUAAAGCGUGUAAUUCCUGCGCACACUCACCGAAAUGCAUCCUAUAAAAUACCGGCUAUCUUGUCCAUGUUUAUAGAAGAAUAUUUAAUUUAUAAAAUGGCAGCACUUAAAAAUUAAAAAAACAAGCGUGCACGUUUUCAUUCACUUCAAAUUUCAACGAUUUGUGACGAUUUGUUGAUUGAUGUUGUUUUUGUUUUUCCUUUAAUUUGUUACUUUAUUACACUUCUAUUAUUGCGUUGAGUUGAGUGAAUUUCGCUCCUCCACAUUAGUGUCGGUCGAACCAGAGCAGUGUUGUUGGUGACAAGUUGAUAAACUCAAGUGAGAUACGGACUCUUUUCAUAGUUUGUGUAAAAUUGUGAACUUAAUUAGAUAUCCACCUUCUUACCUAUUUCACUAUGGCACCCAACAUUUAUAGGAAAUGUGCAAAAUGUGGGCGAUCUUCCAAACAAGUGCCAGGCAUUAAACUGUCUCGGUUUCCUAAACCUGGGCCUAAAAAUGCUAUUCGGAUCAAACUCUAGCAUUGCAAGAAUAUCUGGGAUCAAGUUCAUCUCUAGAUCUCAAGUCUCAACCAGGUCCUUCCCUUGUUGAGAAUAUUACGACUACUGAAAUGCAAUAUCACAAAGAUCAAACUCUAGCAUUGCAAGAAUAUCUGGGAUCAAGUUCAUCUCUAGAUCUCAAGUCUCAACCAGGUCCUUCCCUUGUUGAGAAUAUUACGACUACUGAAAUGCAAUAUCACAAAAAUCAAGCUGCAGCUCAAGAUCUCGAGUGUCAACCAGGUCCAUCUUUUUGCAAUGUUCUUAAGAACAUUACAAAUUCUUAUACACAGCACCACAAAGUAAGUACCUACCUUUUCUACAUUUAUAUCUAUUAUAUAUUUAGAAAGAAAAUGUUACUGACUGGACUGAUUGACCUAUCAACACGCACAGCUCAAACCAAUGGAUGGGGUUUAGGCUGAAAUUUGCCCCACAGAUAGCUAAUAUGACGUAAGCUUCUGCUAAUCCAACACAUAUACCUAUAAAAUAUUUUGCACGCUCAAGCUCUAGCCCAAAAUGUCAAGUGUCAACCAGACCCGUCAGUUAAGGAGAGUAUGAUUACUGAAAUUAAGAAUGAUAAAGUAAGUACCUAUCCUAUCCACGAAAUCUAAGAAAUACCUUUUGACAGCUAUCACCUUAAUUUUUUUUUUAUUUAUUUAAUGAAAAGAAAAACAAUAUAAUCCUAUAUAUAUAUAAUAUUAUCCGUUAUUUCUAAUUGGGUUUUACUUGGUAUGUCGUUAAUGAGAGUUGGUAUUAAAUAUAAUCAAAAUAGUAUUUCUAGUUUUGAUUGAACUACUUUCCGUGUCGUUAUUUUAUGAUUUACUUUUAUUUGUAGUUCUUUGUUAGUAAAUUGUGCAAUUAAUAGCCACAUUUUUAUUUUUAUAUGAACGGGUAAGAUUUUACAAUAUUUAAAUAAGGGCAAUACAUCGUCAUCGGAGCAGAUUGAUUUUUAAUUUUAUUAGGAGUUAUAAUUUUUAAAAACCGAAGUUGAAGGCUGUAUAUUUUGUCCAAAUAAGUUUUAAAUGUCCUACCAUAGCUAGUGAUCCCAUAUGAAAUUAUUGACUCUGCGAGUGCAUUAUAUAGAUUUAGUAAUAUUUUAAAUGGUACUUUGUAUUUCAAGAUAGCAAAUUUAGCUAACAUUGCUCUCAGUUUGUCACAAAUUGUGUCAAUAUGAUAACCCCAGUUAUCGACUUCUAGUCCUAAGUAUUUGUAACGAGGAACCUGCUCUAACAACUCAAAUUUGCAACCGGUCCUAUUUGUUUCCAAAACAUGCAAGCACUGGUGUCUAUGCGCGAUUACUUCGAUUUUCUUAUCAAAAUUGAGUAGCUAGUUAGAGCCGACAUGAAUAAUUUUAGUUUUACUAGCAUAAGUUAGUGAAAUCAAUUUGUAAACAGUGUUCAGCCUUAGCAAAUUUUUUUUUAUAGGAUAGGGUGACAAACAAAUUGUAUGAGAGCUGGUAGACAUUUUUGGGUAGGUAAUAGGUAUUUGACAAGUUUUUAGUGCUCCUCAAAUACCUACCCAAAAAUGUCUUUUUUUAUAGGAUAGGCUGACAAAAUGUUUAUGGAAUAAGGGUGACAAACGAGCACACAGUCCACCUGAUGGUAAGUGGUUACUGUGACCCAUAGACAUCUACAUCUAUCCUCAAUAAAGACUCAAGAUGCAGAUGCGUUGUCACCCGUGAGGACUAAGAUGGAAUGCCUCUUUUCCAGUAAAAAGGGUCUCCGGCUCUCUACACUCACCAUACGAAACACAGCAGCGUUAAGCUGCUAUUUUACGCCGGUAUUCUGUGAGAGCGUGGUCCUUCCCCUGUCGAGCCGACCAAUUCGUGCUACAACUAUACUACUCAUAUAAACUCGUAUAAAAUUAUUGGACCAGCCAUUCCAAAUGAAAAAUCGGUACCUACAAUAAAAGUAAACAAUAUUGUUUCUUUAGAGUUGGUAAUAAUUAACAGUUUUAUCUAGAUUAAUCAUCAUCUCAAUUCUUGUAAUUUCUUUUAGAAAAUGGGGUCUAGAUUAUAUCUAAAAAGAGCAAUUAAAAUAUCUAAUUAAUAAAAUUAUCCAUAAUAAGUAGGUACCUCCACACUCACUCACUCACUCAAAGGCACAAAUUAGUAAUUAAUUGUUAAUGCUUUUGUUUCAGAUGAUUGUCUGUAAAGAAAUACAGAAACAAACUUUUAAAAAAACUGACAGAGAAAAUUAUUUAUACAACAAAUGUAGAAGACAAGUGAAAAAAAUUUGUCAACUAAAAAGAACAAUUCAGAAGAUGAGAAAAAGAGAUGCCCUCAACAUUUUAG